AUCUAGAAUCUUUUUUUAGGUACACAUCGCUAGUGACAAAGCAAUAAAAUAACGACCGCUAAUGUCGACUCAUUCAGGGUUUGCUGGCAUGGUCACUGCUGCAGCGGCCUGGGCCAUAUGGGGUAGCGACAUAUUCCCUGCAGAAUCAGACCCAACGGGAGACCCUGAAACUUGGACUGCUGAAGAGAUGAAAAGGUGGCUCCGUAACAGGGGGCUUAUGCCAAAUAACGAAGCCACACGUGAAGAGCUUCUGGAACGAGUCAAAGCAAACCUUCGUAUACCGCGCAGGUCCAGAACAUGAUUGUACUGUUGUGAUAUGUUGUGCAUUCCAGAGUUCACGUUCUAUCUGUGCACAUCAUCAGGUGCUUUGAGUGUUUCUCUUGAGUUUUUGUUUAUGUUGCGCCUUGGAUUGUUUUGUCGCUUUGUACU